AAAAGCUGAAGCCCUAACCAAUAUAAUGAUAAAGAGACAAAAGAGGCCAGCCACUCACCUCCAACACCUCCUGAGACUCAGAAGCCCCCACCCAGCCAGCUCUCCUCCUGCAACAGCUUCCCACAGCAUGAAUGUCUCCUUGGUUGCCAUUUCCUUCUUCCUGCUCAUCACCAUCGCCCUAGGGACCAAGACUGAAUCCUCCUCUCAAACUGGGGGGAAACAGAAGGUUUUUAAAAUACAGCUAAAGUUGCUUGCAGGACCAGCCAAUAGUAUGGCCUUUAACCAAGGGCCCCUCCUCAGCAUCCGAUGCUCUCUCCUCGGGGGGACGUUACCACAGUCAGAGUGCUGCCUCAACUACACUACCCACAAGAUCCCGCAUCAGCGGAUUAUGGAUUAUUAUGAGACCAACAGCCAGUGCUCCAAGCCCGGAAUUGUCUUCAUCACCAAAAGGGGCCAUUCCAUCUGCACCAAUCCCAGGGACAAGUGGGUCCAGGAUUAUAUCAAGCACAUGGAGGAGAACUGA